GACUUCGGGAAUUAAACGACAGGCUUCGCACGUAUACCCAGAGAAAUUCAUUAUCAAGCCUGUUUAAUUCUUCUGGACGUCGACUAAGCGGCAGCGUCCCAGCCGUAUGAAGCAAGCACCCAUUAAGAAGCAAUGCUCUUUUCCUACAAUUUGCUGAUAAGGACUUGGCGGUUGUGAGUGGGGUUGUGGCAGCAACGCUGUAACCGUGACCCUUGCCAAUAUGGUUUGCAGCGAACAGAGUUCUGGCACAUCAGUGCCCAAAAAGGAAACGCAGACCCGCAAGAAGCGUAAAUCCCGCCCUCAGGGUCUGCCUUCUCCUGCCCUUUGCUGCGCAUGCGGAUUGUGUAUUAUGUUGGCGGGCAUCAACAUCACCUUAGUGGGCGCCUUCGCCUUCAGCACGCUUGUACCCUCUAGCAAUCCCCCAAUCAUCAUCGGACCGAUACUCUUGCUGGUGGCGUUCUCCUUCUUCGGGGCUUGUUGCAUCUGCAGCCGCUUGCCUCCGCCUCAGAGCUCUCGUCGGUCCAAAGCAGGUGGCGGUCUGGGCUUUAUGGGUCGGGGCGGAGGGGGGUUAGGUGGAGGGGCAGCAUUUGAGAUCGAGACCAGCGAGCACACAAUGCAGGACACCACAGCUGUGCAGCUCAGCCCCACCAACUCCCCCUGCUCCUCUCACGCCUCCAGCCCUGAAAGAGAGGCUCCCGCCAAUGCCACCGUCCCCGCCCCGGAGUACGUCCCUCCACGAGCCUGCAAGCUCUUCACUAUGGAGGCCAACGGACCUAGCUCAGCAGCCUUUUCUGCAUCUACAGGGGGUGGAGGGGCGGUCCGGCUCACUUUACCCUCAGACUGCGCCGCCACCUAAAGCUGCCAAUUUCGUUUGCUCUCUGGAGAAGGGCUGGUAUUACGUUAUGUAAAUAGUUUUUCAGAAGGGAAGACAAGCACUGUGUGUGAAGAAUUCAUUUGAUUAGCACAGCUGGCUUGCGCCACAAGGUGCAAUAACAGUUGAAACGUUUGCAUAAAUCCAGCAGGUUGCUUUUUGGAGUCCACGAGGCCCAAGCCAUGUGUUCCUAAUAAAAAUGACAGCGGUAUGUGAGAAGCAUAUGAAGAGCUUUUUGUGUUCUCUUAUGCUCUCGUAUCCAAAGAGAGAGAGCCUUGAAAGGUGAAUCACUGUGGCGUGCUUCACAUAUUCAUACUGUGCCACUGUUACUCAGAGCAUUCACAGUUACUGCGCUCAAAAGAGACAGAAUCAGCUGUUGUGUAAAGAUGGCUUUGGAGACGAGCCUAAGAAACAGAACGGAGAAAGACAUUAGACUGCGCAUUGUCAUAUGUCAGUGCACAGACCAAAAAACAGAGAUGUUGUAUAUUUUCUCUUAAAUAUUUUGUCUUUGUCAUUUUAAACACUAAAAUACAUUCAAGGGUAAACAGUCUUUUUUUUCCGAUGACACUCUGUGGCCGAACACUUUGGAUUUUGUCUUUAUCGGAUGCUUAAAUAAGCCGCGACACUGUGCGAAAGCUCUGAUGUUUUUUUUCUUGUGACUUAGAAAACGAGGUUGCUAAGCAGUGCCAUAGUUCGAGUUCAA